UAAAAGCUUAUCGUCUUCUCUCUCACUCUCACUUUUUUUUAUAAAAAAAACAUAAACAAAAUCAUGGGUUUCCCAGUAGCUUAUUCUGAGCUUCUUCUUCCAAGAUUGUUUCUCCAUACACUUUCUCUUCUUUCUUUCAUUCGCAAAUUCAUUUCCACUCUCUUCCUCUAUAUCGGACUCCCCGAUUUCCUCGAACCCGACAUUCCCUGGCGUGAUUACGCCGCCGAAACCCACGAUGGUUCCACCACCAGCACCACCUCCUUCUCAUCUUAUCAUCCUUCACGCAUCCCCGUCUCGGCUCUCCUCAUCCGGGAACUCCUACCGGUCGUCAAGUUCUCCGACCUCGUGGAUCCGCCGGAAAGCUGCGCGGUCUGUUUGUACGACUUCGAAGGGGAGGACGAGAUCAGGCGGCUGACAAACUGUCGGCAUAUUUUCCAUCGGAGCUGUUUGGACCGUUGGAUGGUGUAUGACCAUAAAACAUGUCCUCUUUGUAGAACAUGUUUUGUUCCAGAUGAUAUGCAAGAGACGUUUAAUGAGAGGCUUUGGGCUGCUUCUGGGAUCCCUGAAGUCUUUGGUGAUUAUUCUGAAAUUUCUGCUUUGUAGUUUAAGUGUUUUUUUUGUUUAUCAUCUUCUAAGGAGUUGGGUGUGUAUAUAUACAUGAAAAAUCCGGGAAAAUUUCCGCAAUGAAAAAGAAAAAGAAA